ACCACUUAUAUGAAACGCACUAUAAACUAUACUGACAUGUACAGUUAAAGCAAUGUGAACGUGAUAAAAAUAGUUUACCGGAAGAGCGAAACUGUGAACAUAAUUAUGACAAUGCAUUUAAACCUGAAAUAAAAAGGGAUGAGCAAUAAUGAGCAUGAUGGCUUUUAUUACUACAUAAUGUGAACAAAUACAAGCAAUAAGCCAAGACAGGCAAAAUGUCACAAGGUGAAGAAAAGGGAGUUAUAAAGGUGAAAGCCACCACACCAAUGUGCAAUAAAGAUUUCAAAAGUAAACCACCCCAUGAAAAUUAUAUGGUGUUUAACAUAUCAGAUUCUUCAGUAACAACGGUGCACAAUAGAAUCACAACAUCUUCUGAUACUUCUGCAUUGUCUGUUGCUGCCAUGUCGUGUGGUAGUACUUCUACAUGUGGUCAAAGUUCUUCUUCGUGUGGUUCUGGUGGUGCAACAUGUGGUCCUGCAUGUGGGCCAUGUGGACCAGGAUGCUCCCCUUGUGUGCCCAAACAGAAACCAAGGACUGAUUUACCACUUAGUGAAAAAUUGCGGCUGAUACAAGUUAGUGAAGCAACUGGGAAAAGCCAGAGAAAUCUAGCUCAGGAAUUUAACAUAUCAUUAGGAUCUGUCAACAAUAUAUUAAAAAGAAAAAAGGAAUAUCAAGAUGCAUACGAAAAUAAUGAAAUUCCUUUGAACUGUAAAAAUUUUAGACGGUGCAAGAAAGGUGAAUAUUUAGAAGAUUUAAACAAGUUAGUCCUUCGAUGGAUUGGUAUAGCCCAAAGUAAAAACAUAUUACUUAAUGGAGCUAUGAUACAAGAAAAAGCUAAAGAUUUUGCCACAAAGUUAGGUGUAUCGUUUACCCCUUCAAAUGUAUGGUUAAGUGGUCUCAAGAAAAAGUUCAAUAUCCAAUUGCGCACCGGUGGUUGUGACUGUGCAGAUCCAGGGAGCAGAAUUUUUAGCACGUGGGCAAAGAUGUUACCAUAUCAAGUUCAAGGUUGUGAACCCGAGAAUAUAUUUACCUGCGGUGAGACAGCUUUGUUUUAUAAAGGUCUUCCCGAUCGUUGUUACGUUGAUGGUACUGUUUGUUUUGGUUCCCAUCACAAUUUAGAUUUUACCGAAAACAAACUUACUAUUUUGUUUUGUUGUAGUGCUGCAGGAGAAAAAUUGAAACCACUUGUUGUUGCUAAGGAAGGCCGACCACCAUCUUUACAAGACUGUAACAUGGAUGAGUUACCUGUUCGCUGGCUUCAAAACAAAAACUCUUGUAUGACGGCUGAAAUAUUUUCAAACUGGUUAAGAGAAUUAGAUGAACAAUUAGAACAGCAAGACAGACACAUAGCACUGUUUAUGGAAAUGAUUCCGGGCCAUUUAGCUAGUGUUGUACUUAAAAAUAUCAGCAUCAAAUACUAUUUAGACAAUUCUGGUACAUUUCUUCAACCUUUACAACAAGGGAUUUUAACCAACUUUAAGGCACAUUAUCGUAGACGAUUUUUACAGGCUGUGUUGGCUAGAAAUGAGUAUAAUGAGGAUACAAGGAGUGUGCUUCAGGAUGUAACUGAGUUGGAUGCUGUUUACUGGAUUAAACAGAGCUGGAAUAAUGUUCGUAAAUCAACCGUCGCUAGUUGUUUUGAAGCAGUUGGCUUUGCGGCAGAUACAGGAGGAGAGGAAUGGGAAGAUAACAACCCAACUGAUUUAAUAGAGCUUGUUGAAGAAACAGGAAUGGCCUUCAAAUUCAUGCCCAUGUUUACAGAGGUCUAUCUUCAAUUUGAUUCUCAAAUUCCAUGCCAUGUUUAUGAGACAGAAGAUUGGGAGAGUCAACUUAUUCAGGAGGCUAUUGCCAGUAAUGUCAAAAUGGAACCAGAAGACCCAACUCCUGAAACUAGUGGUCAAAAUCAAAGAGCAAUAAAUCAAUCUAAUGAAUCAUCUACUUCCAGUCAAACACGGACUCAAGAGAUUGUGCUGCCCGAGGUCACACAAGAAGAUGCUCUGUCUUCUCUUAAAAAUCUGAAAAUAUUUGCUAAAGGUGAUAAUGUACUUCUCGAUAAAAUCUAUCAUUUGGAAAUAUCAGUGUUAAAUCAUAUAACUAAAUUAAGGAAAAAAUCUAAAACACGCUUAAGAAAACCAAUCUUUUACCAAAAAGAAAGUACUUCACUCAACAGUUCAAACUUACCACAAGUACAAGUUCACGUGACUGAAAAGAACUAAGCUGAAAAAAAUACAUGAAACUGAAUGAAUGUGACUUGAUUUCUGUGUUAUAUAUAUAUUCAGUAGAUACAAAAUUUGAUCCAUGUUUGAUGACUCUAUUAAUUUAUAAAGAAAAUUUUGCCAAUUUAGUAAAUGGGCUAAAAUAAAAUCUGAUCUGUGA